AUGCACCCUGAGACUAAACCCAAGGAAUCUAGUCACCGUGUUCCAGUUGGCAUAAAUAUUUUGACAGGUGGUUUAGCAGGAUGCGUAGCAAAGACAACAAUUGCUCCACUAGACAGGGCUAAGAUAAAUUUUCAAUGUACUCGUAUGCCGUUCAAUGUGCGUAGUCUUAUUCAAUUUCUGAAAAACACUUAUCAAGAACAAGGUUUUAUGUGUUUAUGGCGUGGUAACACUGCAACUCUGGCUAGAAUUUUCCCUUAUUCUGCUAUUCAAUACUCUUCUCAUGAUCAUUACAAGCAUUUACUUGGAGUUAGUUCAACCGGAGAUUCACAAGUUUCAUUUAUACGUCUACGACAAUUUAUUGCUGGUGUUGGAGCUGGGACAACAUCAGUUAUGUGUACAUAUCCACUUGAUGUUGCUAGAGCACGUAUGGCAGUUACGACUUCUUCCAAAUAUUCUAGUCUUUUUCAUGCUAUACGAGCUCUUUAUACAGAAGAAGGAUUAAAUGCAUUGUAUCGUGGUUUUUCACCCGCUCUCCUCGGUAUUAUCCCAUAUGCUGGGACAGCUUUCUUUACAUUUGAAACAUUAAAAGAAAUCUGUUUAGACAGAAAUAAAGAUCCUAUAACUGGCAAACGACCUAAAAAAUUGCGUCCAUUGGAAAAUUUGUGGUGUGGUGCAGUGGCUGGAAUUUUAGGACAAACUGCUUCUUAUCCGUUAGAUAUUGUUAGACGAAGAAUGCAAACUGCUAACAUUACAGGUCAUCCAGAAUACAUAGAAAGUGUAUAUAAAACAUUACUCUAUGUCUAUAAAGAUGAAGGUUUCAUUCAUGGUUUAUAUAAAGGUUUAUCAAUGAAUUGGUUGAAAGGACCAAUUGCUUCAGGUAUAAGUUUUACUGUUUAUCAUCAAUUGCAACAUUUUCUUCAUCAAUGGAUGAUUAUUGAUAAGUGA